AUGGAUAUUGCAAGAGAAUUGAUUCGAUUUUUUAAUGAUAAACAAAUUGAGCAGGCGAUUAGCCAUUUUCAGCAAGGAAUAAACAAAGGGAAUGAAGAUUACAGGUGGAAAAAAACUUUGUCUGCCCUCAGAGAAGAACGUCGAUCAAGAAUAUCUUCAGAUUCGAAUAAGGAACAUAAAAAGGUGGAGAAUGCCUUGGGCAAAGAACGGAUUGUGACAAGCUGGAAGGAGAAAACUGAUAUUCAAAAAGAAGACGAAUGGUUCGUCGAAAGAAUCACCGAUGAACAGUGUAGAGAAGCGGAGGUGAUGCUGCAGGAAAUACGAAAAGGAAUCAAGACAAUUGUUUACGCCCCGAGGGAUAAAAAAAUUCCUUCAAAAAAACAAUAUCAAGAAAAAUGGUCAAUUGCGGGACAAUGGUGCAAGCCGUGUAAAAGUCGCUCCGAAGAACACCACGCACACACCUAUUGCACCAAAUGCGAUCAACUCUCCGACAGAGCUCGACACCCGUUUGUAGAUAAAUGUAUUUGCAAGGACAAAGUGAUGAGUAGACCAAGGAAAGCCAGAUUCUUUGAAUCGAACGAGAAAAGAAUGAUAUAA